GCCUUAGGUGCCAAAGUCAGUGCUAGAGUGAUACUGUGCUGUAUGCAGAUAUGCAUCUACCAGUGCAGUGGUACGUACGUGUGCAGCUGUCGCCAAGGAAGCCUUGUUGAUUUACAAGCUUGGCGUGUUACUUAGCAUGGUCGUAAUAUUUUGACACGCACGCACGCUCGUGCACGCACACACACACACACACACACACACAUGCAUAUCGAUGUAGUUUCGCGAGCUACAUUUAGCAAGCCACUGUUGGCUGACAUGGUGACAGCGCAAAGUUUGAGGUGAUACUUCUUAGUACAUAUAGCUGUCCGCACCCAUCAGCUUAGACCAUAAUUAGAAUGUAGAUGCUGCUAUGCUUCUUUUCAGUAGCUCCUUGCUGUUUGCACUGUCCGGACCUGGUCAGUUGUAGUGCUGUCAGAGCCGUGUUAUCGUCAGCCACCACUGUCCUGCUGGAGGAGCUCUUUGCCAGUACCAUGAAUGAAAUUAUCAAUCGCCUCCUGGCCACUGCCGAAGGCCAAAGCCUGUUAGCAAAUGACGACCUGAAUCAGCUCAAGGAAAGGUAUUGGCAAGAACUUGACACCCUGCCAGUUGCCUUGACGAUCGACGUCUAUGACUCAGAAGUGAUUAUCACCGUACAUCACAAGUUGCGCGAAGAACCGGUAAUCUGUAUCGAAGCGUACCCGGGAAAUCCAAGCUGGUUACAUUACUUUGAUCGCUUUGAGAUUCCCCCUGAUUUGUACAAGAAGCGAUUCCUGGAGAUCUUACCUAUGAUUUGUGAUGGCCGUGCACUCCUAUGUCAAAUUAAUAAUCACAAGCCCAAAGUACCUGGUGGAGGCAACGCGGAGACACAGAGAAUCGUUCUCGAACCUGCUAAUAGAAUACCCGAACCACACAAUCCUUUUGCAAGUGUGCAAGAGCAGCAACGUCAGCAGGACUCACUUGUACCAAUGAAUCUGGACCCAACUUUUUCUCCGAAGCGCUUGGCUUUCUGAUUUUUUCUAGAUAAUGAGAGAAACAAAUGGAAGUCAACUGCGUUGAGGCGUUGCAAGGAAGUGCUAAUUUUUGGAAACCCUCCAGGCCAUCAAGACAACGUGACAACACCCUUUACCCAGGUGAUCAGCCAUCGCUCAGUGCAGCCAGCGGCUGAUGAACCUAGUCUGCGACUGGGU